UCCAUUUCUAAACUCGGAGAUCAUCCCUCUCCGUUUCUUUCAAUCUCUCCACGCGAUCUACGCAAUUUCUCUUAAGCUAACAUAAGAAGGAAAAUAUAUUAUUUUUGUUGAAUAAUCCAUCUAGAUUUAUAGGGUUUAUUUUAAAAUUUUCGUUAUGGUUUUUGCUUUUUAGCUGGCGGUUUAUUGGAUGAUAUAAAGCAAAGUUUUCGCUCUAUUUUCCUAAAUUUGUUAGUGGGUUGGAACUCAGAUUUGCGGAUGUGAUCUUAUAUAGCUUAUGGUGUUGGUUGUGAGGCUCAUACGUUGUUUCCCUGGAUGCAUACAUCAUAGGCUAAAUCCUAAUGACAUAGAUGGAGAUUACGUAACUGCUUCAGUUUGUAGUGAGAGCUCAGCUGAAAGUGAUGAUCCCACCGACUUGCAUCAUCGUAGUCUACGAGCAACUGAUUAUGACAAUGGGACUAGAACUGCUGCAAGCAGCCCUCCGAGCGUGAUGGUCAAGGAUCCAUCCUCUACGGUCAGCGAAAGUAACUCAAGAGAGGCUAGAAAACAGUCUAACAUUUCAGUUGGUAAUAAUAUCUCUCCGAAAACUCCUAAAAGAAGACCUUUAAGCAAUCAUGUGCCAAAUCUACAGAUCCCACGUCAUUGUGCUUUCAGCAGCGCUCCUGACAGCUACAUGUCGAGUCCUUCUAGAAGCCCAAUGAGAGCUUUUGGCACGGAGCAAGUAAUGAACUCUCCUUUCUGGGCAGGAAAGACUUAUACUGAUAUCACUUUGCUUGGAUCUGGCCAUUGCUCCAGUCCCGGAUCAGGUCAGAAUUCCGGGCAUAAUUCAAUGGGUGGGGAUAUGUCAGGACAGCUAUUUUGGCAACCAAGUAGGGGGAGCCCUGAGUAUUCUCCACUACCUAGUCCCAGGAUGACCAGUGCUGGUCCCAGUUCUAGAAUUCAUAGUGGUGCUGUGACUCCUACUCAUCCUAGAUCAGCAUGCACAGCUACUGAGUCGCAUACUGGUUGGCAUGAUGAUGGAAAACAACAAAGCCACAGGUUGCCCCUUCCUCCUUUAACAACUACCAUUUCUUCUCUUUUCUUGCUUUCAAAUUCAGCAGCAACGUCUCCCUCUGUGCCACGAAGUCCAGGAGGGGUGGAGAAUCUUUUAAACCCGGGGUCACGGUGGAAAAAAGGAAAGCUACUGGGUAGAGGCACAUUUGGUCAUGUUUAUGUUGGUUUUAACAGUGGUGAGAUGUGUGCAAUGAAAGAGGUUACCUUAUUUUCUGAUGAUGCCAAAUCAAAAGAAAGUACUAAGCAGUUGAUGCAGGAAAUUGCUUUAUUGAGCAGCUUAUGGCAUCCAAAUAUCGUUCAAUACUAUGGGUCUGAAAAGGUUGAUGACAAGCUUUACAUAUACCUUGAGUAUGUAUCUGGUGGGUCUAUUUAUAAAAUCCUCCAGGAGUAUGGGCAGCUUGGUGAACUAGCAAUUCGCAGUUACACUCAACAGAUCUUGUCUGGGCUUGCCUACCUACAUUCUAAGUCUACUGUCCAUAGAGAUAUUAAAGGAGCAAACAUACUGGUGGACCCUAAUGGCCGUGUUAAGUUGGCAGACUUUGGGAUGGCAAAGCAUAUUGCAGGGAAGUCGUGUCCACUUUCGUUUAAAGGAAGCCCUUACUGGCUGGCACCUGAGAUUAUAAGAAACCCUAGUGGUUGCAACCUUGCUGUGGAUAUAUGGAGUCUUGGAUGCACUGUUUUGGAAAUGGCUACAACAAAACCUCCUUGGAGUCAAUAUGAAGGGGUUGCGGCUAUGUUCAAGAUUGGAAAUAGCAAGGAACUUCCACCCAUUCCAGAUUACCUCUCUGAUGAAGGAAAAGAUUUUGUGCGCCAGUGUUUGCAACGCAACCCACAAAAUCGUCCUAAUGCAGUUCAGCUUUUAGGUCACCCAUUUAUAAAAUAUGCUGCACCUCUGGAAAGGCCUAUGCCAGAUGCUGAGUCUUCAGAUCCUACCCCUGGUGUGACAAAUGGGGUGAAAACUCUGGGCAUUGGACAAGCAAGGAAUUAUUCCUCCUUGGAGUCAGAGCAACUUGCAGUUCAUUCAUCCAGAUUUUCGAAACUGCACGCCAGUGAUAUCAAUAUUCCUAGGAAUGUAUCUUGCCCUGUUUCACCCAUAGGAAGCCCUCUUAUACAUUCAAGGUCACCGCAACAUUUAAAUGGAAGAAUGUCUCCUUCUCCCAUUUCUAGUCCCCGGACCACUUCAGGCUCAUCUACACCCUUGACAGGUGGCAUUGGUGCUAUUCCUUUUGGUCAUCUGAAACAAUCAUCUUACUUACAAGAGGGUUUUGGAAGCAUGCCAAAGCCCUCGAAUGGUCUUUUUGUCAGUGGCUCCUUCCAUCACGAUAAUAAUCCCGACAUUUUUCGAGGACUGCAAGCAGGUUCACAUAUCUUUUCUGAACUGGUGCCAUCAGAAACUGAUUCAGGAACUGGAAGAUUGGUUCAUGGGGAAUCUUAUGAUGGACAGUCUGUAUUAGCUGAUCGUGUUUCUCGACAGCUUCUGAAGGAUCAUGCAGCGAUGAGCCCAUCCUUGGAUCUAAGUCGCAGCUCUCCUUUACCUAACCGGAGUGUAAUUACCUAAGCACAACUUUGAAGAUUUGAUCAGAAUUUCUUUUAGAUCUUACGGGAUCUCAAUUCACAUUCAUUACUUUUACUUCUAAGGCAGCAAAUCGUUCAAUAUGAAACCAAAAACGAAAUUCGAGGAA